AUGGCAUCCCAACGAUUAAUCGACACCACCUCGCGGGUGCGCAAGAAGCCCAUGCGCAUCCUUGUCCUAGGCAUGUGCCGCACCGGCACAACCACCAUCACCCUCGCACUCCGCAAACUAGGCUUCACCCCCCACCAAAUGCGCAACGUGCUCUCCAACACCUCCGACCUCACUUUGUGGCAAGAAGCAAUCAACCUCACCUUACUCCCACCUUCAGACCGUCCCUCCUAUCAACGCAACCAAGCGCCGUAUGGGAAAGAAGACUUUGACAAACUCCUCGCGGAUUACGACGUCGUGACCGACCUGCCAGGCUGUCUGUUUGCAAAAGAACUAGUAGAAGCGUAUCCCGAUGCCAAAGUCAUUCUCACUCUACGCAAUUAUGCAGAUUGGGAAAGUAGCAUGCGGGAAAGUAUCUGGUGCCUGGAUACAUGGCGCUUAUUUACUUUCUGUCGCCAAUUCAAUCUCACGCAACUAGCACCGCUGAUGCAGCUUGUGCAUUCGGCGUUCAAAGUGCAUAGUGGGAAUCAGUAUGGCGGGGCUGCGUCGAAAGCGGCGUACGAGAGGCAUUAUGAGGAGGUGAGGAGUGUGGUUCCUAACGAGCGGCUGCUGGAGCUUGAUAUGGAUGGGGAGGUGGGGUGGGAGGCGUUGUGUGGGUUUUUGGGGGUGGAGGCGCCCAAGGAGGGGUUUCCGGUUGUGCAGGAGGAGAAGGCUAUGCGGAGGGGGUUGGAGAGUGCGUGGUGGGGCAUGGUACAGUACUUCGUCUUAUUGAUUCUGUUGCCGGGAUCGGUGGUUGUUGGGUCGUACUUUUUGUUCGUGUAUGCGGAUGUGCUGAGGGAAUAUAGGGAUAUGGUACUUUUGAUGGUGAAGAAGUAUAUGGAUACUGGAGAGUGGUAA